AUGGCGGGGGCGGCGCUGAGGACCGCGGGGCGGCAGCUGAGCCAGCAGCGCGGGGCGAGGGCGCCGGUGCUGCUGCGCCAGCUGUUCGAGCCCAAGAGCUGCACCUACACGUACCUCCUGGGCGACCGCGAGGCCCGCGAGGCCGUCCUCAUCGACCCGGUGCUGGAGACGGCGCCCCGGGACGCCAAGCUGGUGCAGGAGCUGGGGCUGCGGCUGCUGUUCGCCGUGAACACCCACUGCCACGCCGACCACAUCACGGGCUCUGGGCUGCUGCGCACCCUGCUCCCCGGCUGCCGGUCCGUCAUCUCCCGCCGCAGCGGCGCCCAGGCCGACCUGCACAUCGAGGACGGACAGACCAUCCGCUUCGGGCGCUUCGCCCUGGAGAUCCGGGCCAGCCCCGGCCACACCCCGGGCUGUGUCACCUUCGUCCUGGAUGACCACAGCAUGGCCUUCACCGGAGAUGCCCUGCUCAUCCGAGGCUGUGGGCGGACGGACUUCCAGCAAGGCUGUGCCAAGACCUUGUACCACUCAGUCCAUGAAAAGAUCUUCACGCUCCCAGGGGACUGUCUGAUCUACCCUGCCCACGAUUACCAUGGGCUCACAGUGUCCACUGUGGAGGAGGAGCGGACUUUGAACCCUCGGCUCACCCUCAGCUGUGAGGAGUUUGUCAAGGUCAUGGACAACCUGAACUUGCCCAAGCCUAAGCAGAUAGACAUUGCUGUGCCAGCUAACAUGCGCUGUGGGGUCCAGACCCCCCCUUCCUGA